GGGAAAUAUUGCGUCAGUUUCAGUAAAAGCCACUUUCCCCGGCGGGGAGGGAACAAGAAUCCAAACUGCAGCCGCCAAACAACACGCUGCAGCGAAACCCCGACUCCUGACCUUCAGCGGUCACUGAAGAUUUCAGUGUAACUGAGUUACACAGGAGAGAAAUGUAGACAGGGACACACCACUGAAAUCGUCAGUCCUUGCAGCUUAAAGGAGAAAGAAAAAAAAGAAGAAAGGAGUGAUUUAGUUCUGACGAAGAGUCGGGAGUCGGGACUCAAGCGCUCACAAUGUCUUCUCGCACCGGACUGCGCAUGCAGCUAAUGCGGGAGCAGCUACAGCAGGAGGAGCAGCGGGAGAGAGAGCAGCAGCAACAAGCAACCCUGCAUUACAUGCAGCAACGCAUGGCAGUCAAUGCCACACCUGCCAUUAACGUUAGCAACUCUGCCUCCUACCAGCCCCGGCCACUGGUUCCUGUUGAGGUUCUAAAGGUUGAGACUCACCUGGAGAAUCCCACCAAAUACCACAUCCAACAAUCGCAGAGGCAGCAGGUGAAGCAAUAUCUCUCCACCACAUUAGGCAACAAGUUUGCUGUACAGCCCCUGUCGAUGGGGCACUCACACUCUGUGCAAUCUUUGGCUGUCUCGCCUAGUUUGAGGAAUGAUCACGUGAUGUCCAGCUCUACUGGAAACAGUGCCCCAAACAGCCCCAUGGCCAUGCUCAACAUUGGCUCAAAUCCCGAACAAGAGAUGGGCGAUGUGAUUGAUGAUAUUAUUAGCCUCGAAUCCAGCUACAAUGAUGAUAUUCUCGGGUACACGGACCCUGCUCUACAGGCCCCGAACACAUUGCCUCUUUCCACUAGUCACUUGGAGGUUUAUUCAAGUCAUGGAAUUGCAGCACCCACCAGCACUUCAUGCCCCGCCAAUAUUGCCAUUAAAAGGGAAAUGUCAGGUAAACUGUACUUGAAUGCAGAAGCACGAGCUUUGGCUAAAGAGCGGCAGAAGAAAGACAAUCACAACCUGAUUGAACGCAGGCGAAGGUUUAACAUCAAUGACCGGAUAAAAGAGUUGGGAAUGCUCAUCCCCAAAUCCAAUGAUCUAGAUGUUCGCUGGAAUAAGGGCACAAUAUUAAAAGCCUCAGUGGAGUACAUCAAAAGACUGCAGAAGGAGCAGCAAAGAACCAGGGAGAUGGAGGGCCAAUCAAAGAGGCUGGAGAUGACCAAUAGCCACCUCCGUUUUCGCAUUCAGGAACUGGAGAUGCAAGCUCAGGCCCAUGGACUAUCUACCAUCUCACCCUCGGGGCUAAACACAUCAGAGCUCACCGGCUCCUCCAUCAAACAUGAGGAAAAUAUCAUGGACUCCCUUCAGCACCAGCACCAGCAUCACCUGCAGCCUCAAAGCCAGCUGGAGUUUAUUCAGCCCCAUGACCUUUGUGACAGCUCGCUGAGCUUUGCUGACGCCAUGAGCCAAUUUACUGACCUCUCCUUCAGCAUUCCCGCCAAAAAGGAAUACCAGCUGGAUGACAUGCUAAUGAUGGACGAUGCGGUCUCUCCAUUGGGCCGAGAUCCCUUGCUCUCCUCGGGGUCACCAGGGGCUUCCAAAGCAAGUAGCCGAAGGAGCAGCACUAGCAUAGAUGAUGCUGACAUUCUGUGACACAGAACAUUUGGUAUUGGUUGACAAAGCGCGUGUACACACACACAUAUACACACACACGCACUAUAAAACUAUCGGAUGGGUAAGCUGGGGUUACGCUAGCCUUUUGAGGUUUGAGAGUUGUUGUCCUGAGCCUCUACUGAAUUUGAAGAAUGUGUCAAAAGUUUCUCUGUCUUUCUUCGGGAUUUGAAGAUUUUCAUAUUGUCAUGUCAUUUUGCAGACCAUAUUUUACAGUGAUUUUUUUUUGCA